CGGAUAUCGUUAGCAGAAGACGAUGGCUCUGUAUAUCUUGACUCUUUCAYUUAUAAAUCUUAUAGCAGGUGCAUCUCUUGCUGAAUCUGCGCGUAACAUAGAGAGUCGAUUAAUGCAGCACAUUCUAAAAGACUACGAUACCAGCACACGCCCAGUGGCAAACRUAUCAAGUCUUGUUAAUGUUAAAGUUGGUAUAAAUUUACAGCAGAUAAUCAAUGUGGAUUUUCACCACGAGAUGCUAACUCUAUUAGUAUGGAUAAGAAUAUUUUGGAAAGACGAGUUUGUUACCUGGAAGCCAGAAGAUUUUGGUGGCUUGAAGUCAAUUAUUAUCAAUUAUCAAAAGAUCUGGGUUCCAGAUAUUACUCUCUUCAAUAGUGUAUUUCAGAAACCUGGAGAAAUCAAACUAAAAAUGCUUGACAAUUUGGAUGCGACUCACACUGGUGAUAUCAAAUGGUCCUCUCCUGCUAUCAUAUCGUCAAAAUGCAAAAUGGAUGUUACCUCUUUUCCUUUUGACAAGCAGCGGUGCCAUCUUGAGUUUGGGUCCUGGGUAUACAACGGUGCCAAGCUAGACGUUCACCAGAAUUUGCAUUAUGUAGACAACGAAAGCUAUUCACAGAACGAGGAGUGGACAUUUUACAAUAGUAAAGUUGAAAAACUGCGCAAGAAAUUCCACUGCUGCCCGGAUCCUUGGCCGAGUGUGCUCUUUACAAUGUUCAUCAAGCGACGUCCGACAUUUUUCAUGCUCAACCUUAUUGUCCCAUGUGGACUUAUUACUACUCUUUCGAUAUUUUCCUUCAUUUUGCCACCCAGCUCAGGAGAAAGAGUGUCCUUCAUCAUGACAGUGUUAGUAGCUUAUUCAGUUUACAUGAUGAUAGUAGCCGAAGAGAUGCCUCAUUCUUCUGAAACUCCGUUGGCUUCCGUUUUCUUUGUGUUCAUCAUGGUCCAGCAAGCUGUUUCUCUCGCAGCUACAUGCUGUAUCAUAAGAUUUCACGACAAUGACACACCAAUACCCAGGUUGWUUGCUAUCAUAGUAAACAAAUGGCUGGCUCGUUUGCUUUGGAUGAGAUCUGAGAAGGGAAUCGUCGCUCCUUGCGAGGCUAAAAACGAUGACCUUAUUAUAAAGAGAUCKUUCUACGAAAAUAGCAACUUCAAAAAYGAAGAUGACGAUAUGGCAGAAACAAAAGUUAAUGACAAUUCCAAAMCGAUGAAUGACAAUGUAGAUUUACAACCAAAUCGAAAGGAUGAAACACUUCAAACAGAACUUGGAAAACUGAACAAGGAGGCUAAAGUCAUUGCCGAUCGCUUUCGCGAACACAAAGCAAAGAAAGUACUUCAGGAUGACUGGAUGUUCGCCACACAAGUUUUGGAUAGGUUUUUCAUCAUUCUUUUAGGAGUGAGCGUUUUUUUGUGCAUGUUGUUAAUYCUGCUAUACAACUAUAGGGUGUUAGAGUAAUCUCAGUUUUCUCGUACCACUACAGAAAUUGCCAGUGAAAAAAAGAAAAAAAUGGUCAAUUAGAGCGACGGUCAUUGUCUCGAAGAUUCGAUCAGAAGAAUUCUUGACAAUAACUCCAGCAGUAUUUCUGAUGAUCAAUCGGAAUGUUAUCUGGAAUCGUAAUCAGGACAUAAGCUAUUCAUAAUGUGUACUGUAAGUAGGGCCAUCGCGAUGUUUUAAUACAAGACAUACCUUUGAAACGAAAUCUUCUUCCCCAGUGUCAAUCACUAAAAAGGAAGUCCCUAAAUCUUCCGUGUUCAGUGAAAAUACUCAAGGAAGACUGUCAAAGAUUACCAUUUUCGAAGCAAGAUUAAUCAGAGCAGGCAUAAGACUUCAUAAUAUUUCGUUGAUAUACAGCCUUUUGCAAAAAUUAUGAGAAUUGUCUAA